ACUUCAGAAUGGUGUAAUAACACAUCGAUUAGUUGUUUCUAAUUUUAUAACAGCAAGCUAUCAUAAAGCAUAAUGCUAAGCGUCGCUCGCUGCCUUGUGUCACAGAGAAAUUACAAUUAAAUGAUCGAAUUGUCUUAACUUAUUGGUUUGUUUACGUGCAAAGUGGUAUCAUCUUCUUUGUUUAAUUGUUUUAAUUAUUGUAUAUCUUAGAUUUUAAAGCGAUUUUAUGAAAGUUGUUAUGUUGAAAAAUACACGCUUUUAAUGAGUUGGCGGGAAGUUGCCGGCCAAGAUUAGCAAGGUUAUCAAAAUAGUAAAAUGACAACCGUUGAAGAAGGCGAAACGCCUUCUGCCGAAGUAGCGGCGGGAAAUCCUGAAGAAAUAUCAAAAAAUCCGACUGCGUUAAAAGAGGCUCAUGAAGAGAUGGCGACUCUAGAUGUACUGGUAUGUGGACAGUGUCACUCUGCAUUCCACUUUUGUGAAGAAUUUAAAGAGCACAAAGAUGCUAAUAACUGUAUUGGGAAAUCUCCUGUCAGAGAUAGUAAUGAAAACAAAGCUCAAGUAUGGGCUUUCUUACUAUGGAAGUGUUCUUCAGCACGAGAUGGUUCCACAUCGAAUGCGGACAACAGUUGGAAGCUAUAUCAGCAAUGGUGCCGCAUGCCGGACGUUCAGAGGACUGCCUGGAUCACCGCCGGCACCAAUGUACAGGCUUUGUCUAAGUUUGCACAUGCUAAAGUUAUGGAGAUAAAGACUGAAGAUCAAUUAGUGCCAGUGCAAACACCCAGCACAGAAGUGAAAAAAAGGGGUAGACCAAGAAAAAUACCUAAAUUGGAAGAUCCUGAAGCAUUGCCGUCUGGUGAAGAGAGUGAUGACUUUAAAUCUAACCCCGCUCACAGAGCAAUGUCUAAAUCAGUUACAUUCCAAACACCUAAGCCCAAGGAGUUGUCUGAGCGGGAGUGCGUGCGCACGGCGCAGGAGCGCGUGCCGGCGGAGGAGCGCAUCGCGCGGCGCACGGAGCGCGAGGGCGCAGACCCCGCGGAGGCCGGCGAGUACGUCGUCGAGAAGAUCCUCGCCAAACGAUUCAACCCGCGCAGGAAACAGUACGAAUAUCUCCUCAAGUGGGAGGGAUAUCCACAUGAACAGAACACAUGGGAGCCGGUAGAGAAUAUGGAGACAUGUAAACAUCUUCUGGAAGCGUUUGAGAAGCAGCUCGCCAGACAAAAGGAGCUGAAGGCUCUCAGGGCUCAGCAGCAACAGCAUCCGGUACAGGUGAAACAAAUCAGCACUCCUUUGCCACAAAUUGUCAAGCAGGUUGUUAAAAAAUCUGACAGUCCUAUGAUUUCUUCUUCUGGUCGUCUACAAAGAACGAGUAAAGUACGCGCACUGGACCAGGUGAAGGCGUGGUGCGGCGCAGAGGAUGAACCUGCAGCUAAGAAGAUAAAGAAGGAACUCUCCAGCGAAGAAGAAGAUUACUCCGACGCAGAAUCUCCCAGGAGUAAUACGCAAACUGAGAAGAGAGUACUGAAUGGGAAUGGUAUGGAAUCACCGAAAUCAUCGUUAGACCCUGAACUAGUGAAGUCACUCGGGCUCGGUGGCAAGGGCAUGCCGAAUAUUAAAGGGGUGAUACAAGUUGAUCCCAAACAUAUGCCGAAUCUUACCACAGGUAUUUACAUAAUGUCGAAAAGUUCAGGCAUCAUGAAGAUUGAUUCACCGGGGAAACUGGGACCAGGCCUCAACAUUGACCAGGACGUGAUUCGAAAACAGAUAUUAGCAGCUAAACAGAAGAAACUUGAAGAAAGUAAAAAGAAUGCGUCACCGAUGCGAACGCCUCUAUCCACACAGCCAAAGCGAACAUACUCAGCGAGUGGACAACAAGUGACAGAGAAGACAAUCAUCACUCCGUCAGGACAGAAGAUCAUACAGCGCACGAUACAGCGGCCCUUCGGACAGUCUGACGGCAAGUCGCCCGUCACUAUACUCAACAAGAAGCUGGCACAGGGCGACAGUUUACUGCGACGCGGCGGGGCGGUGCGCGGCCGCGGCCGGGGCGGCUACUCCGUGUCCACGGCCGCCGGCAACAUCGUGCGGAUCCGCGACAAGACUAUGCCCUAUGAUUUUGACAAGUCGGACGCGUCUUCGGAAUCAUCGGACGGGGUAGAAGAUCCGUUCCCGAGUGACCUCGGUCCCUUACCGUCUCCGAGUCCGGAGCGCGAGUUAACCCUUUGCCCGCUGACUGGCAAGCGGCUGGCGCGCGCCGAGGGCGAGCCCACGCCGCCGCCGACCCCGCCCCCGCCGCCCACGCCGCCCCCCACCACACCGCCGCCGCAUCACAAUGCCACAAUGCUCAUGAAGGUGGAGAUGUCUCCGGGAGGCACAACAGGAAUGUUGGUGCAAGGAGACGGAGCACAGCCUUCCUUACCUGUACUCACAGAUGAAGACGGGACGGAGGUAAAGAUCGAGGCGAGUGCGGUGAAACAGCUUCUAGAAGAAGGCGUGGGUGUUGACGAUGGCGAAGAAGUUGGUCUGCUACACGCCGGAAAUACGCCCAUCAUGAUCCGUGGCGAAGAUGGUGUACUCUAUCAAGUGGCCGGAGAGAACGAGGACGGGCAGACGGUGCUGGUGGCGGCGCAGGGCGUGGAGGGCGUGGAGGGUGUGGAGGGUGCGGAGGGCGAGGAGCGCGGCGACGGCGACGGAGAGAGCGUCAUGUACGUCACCAGGGAAGACGGACAGGACAUGCUGUCUAUCGACCCCAGCCAGCUGGCGCAGCUGCUGCCGGGCGGCGAGGGCGGUGCGCUGCAGCAGGUCGCCGUGCAGAUGGAGGGCGAGUCGGGCGAGGACUCCACGCAGGUCAUCGCGCAGCUCGUGCAAGCGGACCUGCCCUCGCCUGGUGGCACACGGCGUGUAGUUCUGUUGCUACCUGACGGUACACUCACGAUGGCGGAACUGGACAAGGAGCAGUAUGAGACUAUAACUGGUGCCAGUAAACCGGAAUGAAACGAAAGUAUUAUGAAAUGUUUUGAAAUGGCCUAGUAUCCGUCAGUGCGGUGUUUACUGUGUGUGAACAAAGAAACAAUUUUUUACGUGGAUGGAAUAUGAAGUAAUUGUAAUUUAUAUUAUUUUUUCAUCAUGCUGUAGAUAUUUCAAAGUAAUUUAAUGUGUUUAUGCAGGUCGUGGAUUAUAUUUUAGUCAUAUACACCAUGCGACAAUAUGACUUAGCGCCUGUCCCACCACUGGCUGAUAUAGGCUCAGAGAUGCGAUAACAAAAUACGAUAUUUCCAUCGCCUAUAUUACACGUUGGAUUGUUAUCAGACAAUUUACAAUUUAUUGGGACAGGCCCUUAUACUAUUUAACUGUUUGGUUUGUAAGAAUAAUUCAAUUUAAAUAUAAAUGACUAGAAUGUAUCUGAUUACACUUUCCGAGUGUAUAAAAUUUAAUGUUAUAUUUAUUUCUAAAGAAAAUUUAUAAGGCCGCCGUAAGACCUGUAAUGAUGUAUGGCUCUGAAUGUUGGGCAGCAAAAGUAAUGGAUGAAAGGAGACCACAUGUGGCAGAAGUGCGAAUGUUAAGAUGGAUGUGUGGGGUAACACGAAUGUAUAAGAUACGAAAUGAGUAUAUUGGAAGAAGUUUAAGAGUAAGUUCCAUUAGAAGAGAAGGUAAGGAGUAAAAGGUGAACAUGGUAUGAGGAGGGAUGAAUCGUAUUUACAAGGAGAAUGUUAGUUAUGGGUAUGGAAGGGUACAUCAAUAGAGGUAAACCUAGAAAGUGUUGGAUGGAUUGUGUGAAAGGUGACAUGAUCAAAAAGGGUGUGAUGAUUGAGAUGACGGAUGAUAGAGUUAUGUGGAGGACAAAAACCCUACGAGAGUAGGAUAAGGAGAAAGAUAUGAUGAUGAUUUCUAAAGAAAUGCUCGAAAAUAUCUACUGAUUAAUAUAUACCUCGUGUGUAUUAAUUUCUAUAAAUAAAAUUUAUGUGCACAGGAAAUGUACAAUCUUGACUAGUGCUCAUGUUUUGAUAUGUAAUGGAUUUAUAUACACUUAUGUAUUUAAAACUAAGACAUUUAAGAAAUAUAUAGAGCAUAGUGGACAAUUUUUUUCACUGUUAAUUUCUCUGAAAGGUAUUACAUCUGUUGUCAAGUUUAGUGCCACCUUUUGUCCUUGUAUUGUCAUGUAGUACAUUUUACAUAAUUAUAAUAUGCUCCAUCUUUUGUUAUUAAAUAAACUCCGCAGUCUCUAAAAAAAAUGUUUCAAAUGAAGAGUUAACUAUGUCUACUCUAUAUAUUUGUUGAAUCUCUUUGAUUUGAAACCUUAGAUUUCCAUUCAGCACUCUGUUUAGAGUCCAGAAAUAGCCAAUUUUUUCAUCAAUGGAACUUUAAACAAUAUUUUGGUGUUGGUGAUUGAGAAUAGUAUUGUACAUAUGAUAUUCAUUUAGUUUUUAAUUACGUUUUCUAAUAAUUAGUGACUAAUCACAUUUGGUGCAAACAACCAGCGUUGCGAGUAACCAUAUUUUACAUAAUAUUUUGUUAUGGUACAAUAACUACAUCUGUUUUACUUUUUUGUGCACAAAAAUGUGCACAAAAAAUGACAACAAAUGCAUACAUAUCAUGGCACUUUGCAAGUAGUGGUAAUAUAAUGCGUUAACACUUAAAGCCUUACAAAUAAAUGUGGUAUAAACUGAGUAUAAGCAAAAUUUGUAAGGCUGUUAAAGUAUAUGCUAUUUUUAUAUAGUUUUAUGGUUUCUAUUUCUAAUAACAUAAUUAUGUAUGAUGUUUCAAAUCAAGACUUAUGUUCAGAUUUAACUUCUUUCAAAAGGAUGUCCUUAUUAAACUGUCUAUAUGUAUUUUAUUUCAAAAGCACUGAUUAUAUUAAAUUAGUUUAUGACAAUUUAAAAUAAACCCAAGCUAUUGCUCGCACUGAAAUAAAAAAAAUGUAAUGUACUAUAUUACUAAGUUAUAAUGUAACUUUCUAAUGGCAAAUGAAUUUUUGUAAUCGAUCCUGUAGUUUUGUUAAUUGCAUACAAAAAUACAAAUUUCUUUAUAAAAUUAGUAUAAAUUUUAAUGUUCAAUUUGUAUACUUCAUCAUAUGUUUGCAAAUUUUAGGUCUUGAUGUGAAAUAAAAAAAUUGCUUGUGACGCUGACUGUAUGUUACAUGUGUAUUAUGGAUGUAAUUAGUUUAACAUUGUUUAUAUAAUGAGCAAACAUUGUAAAUAUUAAAA